AUGGCAAGGCGAGGGAAGGGCCAGCGUGGCGGCGCUGCAGACAGCAACCAACAACAGAUGCAGCCACUGCUGCAAAAAGCAACAGAGAGGAAGGCAGGGGACCUAUGCUGCACCGAGGCUCACUCACCUCCGCCGGAACCCGAAGCUCCCAGUGAAUGGAAUGGCGCCAGCAGCAGCAGCAGUCGAAUUUGCUGCAACGGGAAGGAGACGAGCAGAAGCAACAACAAGGUCUGCUGCAGCGAACAGCCUCACGAAAGUUGCUUAGACGACAUCCAUUGCAACAGCAGCAGCCGGUGCUGUGAACAGCAGCAAGAGCGGGCGCAACAGCAGCAGCAGGGGCAGCAGCCAUUGGAAGAGGAACUGAUGGUUGCGGGGACUCACAGUUGUGGGCGGGGAUGUGGUAGCGCUUGUUCGGCUGCCCCUGAGCCCCAGCAGGAGCAGCAACGGAUGCCGUUAUCCCAGUCUCAGGCUUCUCCUGGGUUUGGCGGAGGCCCGUGCCGUUCUUCGUCGCAGCAGCAGCAGCAGCAGCAGCAGCAGCAGCAGCAGCAGCAAGGGGCGCAGCAGCAGCAGGGUGCCGAAGAAGCGCGUGAGGGCGAUGCUGUGCAGAUACCGAUGCAGCAUAGCCAUUCCUCUUCGGAUGACUCCCGCGUGCUGCGGAGACAGUUGGCUGUGGACACAGCAGCUGCGCGAGCCCGACGGAAGCUGCUGGUGGCUUCAGCGGUAUGUUUGGUGUUCAUGGCAAUUGAAGUUGUCGCGGGCAUCGCGUCGAACUCCCUCGCCCUUAUGACUGACGCUUCUCAUCUCCUCUCGGACCUCUGUGCCUUCCUCAUCAGCUUGUUUGCCUUGUGGGUGUCGCAGCUGAAAGGAACCAUGUCGAUGUCUUUCGGGUAUCAUCGAGCCGAGAUUUUGGGCGCGCUGCUGUCCGUGCUGCUGAUUUGGGGUGUCACUGCAGCUCUCGUGGUGGCGGCGCUGCACCGCAUCGCUUCGCCUCAGAAGGUGCAGGGAGGCCUCAUGUUACUGACGGCCUCCAUCGGCACAGCUGCCAACUUGUUCAUGGCGCAUAUUCUGCACAUACAUUCUCACGGGAUCGGGAGAAUACACACAACCCAUUCGGAGUCCUCUGCAGAAGGAGACAGCCACGCCAGCAGCAGCAGGUGCUGCAGCGGCGGCAACAGUGGGACGAGGGCUUUGCUCCCUCUCCGCACGCACGGGUGCUGCAGUGGCAGCAGUAGCAGCAGCAGCAGUAGCGGCAGCAGCUCUGGGAACGUCCACGAGAACGGGCACCACAAGGACGAGGGGCAUGCGCUACAGCUGCAGCGAAGGGGAAGUGACCUCGAGCAGCAGCGGCAGCAAGUAGCAGCAGCAGCGGAAGGGGACGUCUAUGUUCGAAUGGAAGAGGACGACCCGGAGGCAGAAAUAGAGAGCAUGAAUCUCAGGGCUGCCUAUAUACACGCGGUUGGAGACCUUCUGCAAAACAUCGGGGUUAUGAUUGCGUCGGCUAUCAUCUGGUACAACCCCGAGUAUUCGAUUGCAGAUCCCGCCUGCACUUUGGUCUUUUCCAUGUUUGUUCUCUUAACGACGAUUUCCAUCAUCCGAGAGGCGGUGAACGUGCUCAUGGAGGGAACACCCCUUGGCUUAGACGUUGCGGUGCUGCAGUCUGACUUGGUGUCUCUUCGAGGAGUGUUGGAGGUUCACGAUCUCCAUGUUUGGUCUAUAUCUAUAGGCCGGCCGGCACUUGCUUGCCACCUUGUCGUCUGUGAUGAGGAAGCUGCACGACGCGUUUUGCGCGCAGCUACUCUUCUGUGCCAGCGCAAACACGGCAUUCUACAUACGACUAUCCAAACGGACUUUUCUUCCGAUGCCUCCUGCUGCGACACGGAAGCUCACCAAAAGUGCAUGGAGCCUUUAACCAGAGCGGAGCUCUGA